AUGCUACAGUUCAAAGAUCUGCUUACGACCAGAUCACUGCAUUCAUGUCUUGGUGUCAGUGAGCUGUUCUCAGAGGCAGGACGCAGAUUCCACACCCUUCAGGCUGACAGGGAAGGACACCCCAGCCACCGUCUGCCAAGGCAGAGCACGUCCAUCCCCCAAGGAUGCUCCGUCCUGUCUCAGGCCAGCAGCGAGGCCGCCCCAUCUUCAAACAGUCAUCGUCAACUGGUCUCAGGCCCAGCUCUAGGGUGCUCUGGUUACUGCAAAGGCCCCCACCGGCUUCUGUUUCUGUUAUAUAAGGUAAACUUCGUCCUUGUGACAAUAAGUCAGUUUUUACUCUUUGGAUAG